CGUGAUCUAAAUUUGCAGUUUCGCAGUUUAGUACGUCUUCGGAAAGCUUCCUCGUACUUGAAACCAACUUUUUUCUGUUCUAAAAUACAGUGAGUAUCUCACUUACCUUUUGGCAUCACGUUCAUCGGUUAUGGGAACUACGACACGUGCACAGCUAUGAAUGAAUUGCGCAAAUAAGAACAGUGGGCCGAGUAUUGAUUACAGCGGCUAACCAUCGUCGAAGUGUAUUGUGCGUAUGCGUAUUUUAUAAUGUCAGAUGUUUGUGAGGAUUCGGGUUCCGUUGUAGAGGACAGAUCGCCUCCGAGAAUUGCCACCUUUUUUGAGAAAAAAAUGGAUCAAGUAGACUCCAAGGUGCCGGAUGGUGAAGACGCGUUCUUCUGGCCAAAUUGUGACCCGACAGUAUGGAUGAGGUCCUGUGAACACGAAGUUAUCAAGCCGAUGUCAGGGAAAAAUUUGGGCACAAUACCCACCUGGUUGAAAGGGACUUUACUAAGGAAUGGCCCGGGGAGUUUAAAAGUUGGCGAAUACAGAUUUGACCAUUUAUUCGACAGCUCAGCGCUACUGCACAGGUUCGAGAUAAAGGAUGGAAAAGUGACUUAUCAGAGACGGUUUGUCCAGACUGACGCCUACAAGAAAAAUCAUGAAGCCCAAAGGAUAGUUUUAACUGAAUUUGGAACCAGAGUCGUGCCGGAUCCGUGUCGAACAAUUUUCCAAAGAGUGGCGGCUGUUUUCAAAGCCCAGGAAACGAUGACCGACAAUUCGAUGAUAUCGGUGUACCCAUUUGGGGAUGAAUUUUAUACCUUCACCGAAGCGCCAUUUAUACAUCGGAUAGACCCGGAGACUUUGGAAACGAAAAGCAAGCUUUGCAUAUCCAAGUACGUGGGCGUAGUAAAUCACACAGCACAUCCGUACGUAAUGAUCGAUGGAUCAGUGUAUAACAUCGGGAUGAGCAUCACGGCACGAGGUCCUGCCUACAGUGUGAUUUGCUUUCCACCAAACCGCGUCACCGUCUGUAAAGCGGGGAAGGAAAAUAAACUGUCGAUGUUUGAUCAGGCCACCAUUGUUGCGACCGUUCACUCGAGAUGGAAGUUGAAUCCAUCGUACAUGCAUUCGUUUGGAAUAACUGACAAUUACUUUAUAAUCGUCGAACAGCCACUGUCCGUCUCAUUGCUGAGCAUGGCCGCGAGCCAGUUUAUGAACGAACGUUUAUGCACUUGCCUCAAGUGGUAUGAAAACGAAAAGACUCUGAUACACGUGAUUUCCAGGAAAACUGGUCUGAUUGAGAGAACUUUCGUCGCAGAACCGUUCUUCUACCUUCAUAUAAUCAAUCAGUUCGAAACUAGUGAUGGAAAAUAUGUUGUUUUGGAUGUCUGCUGUUACAAGGAUGCAAAAAUGCUCGACUGCAUGUACGUCGACGUUAUGAAGGAAAUGCAUUCGAACCCUGAUUACGCGAUGUUGUUUCGUGGCCGACCAUUGCGUUUCAUAUUGCCAAUGAUUCCUCUAACGGCUGACGUUCCUAAGAAAGUUAACUUGAUCGAAGAUCCAAUCAAGUAUCAAAAUCCAGUGAUAAUUACCGACAGAGAGGAGACGAAGGAUGAAGCAAAGACAGAUUUGAACGAGAAGUCUGCAGUAUUUGAUGGUCUUGUUAGAAAAAAGGCAUCGGCGGAAUGGCUUUCGAAUGGAAGAGUUUCCGUGAGCCCAGAAAUGCUAUGCGAUUUGGGCUGCGAGACACCCAGAAUAAAAGAUUCUCUCGUGGGAAAAGAGUACAGAUAUUUUUACGCCAUUUCCAGCGAUGUUGAUAGAGACAAUCCGGGAACGAUCAUCAAAGUGGACACUGUCAUGAAAACUACGAAAACUUGGUGCGAGAAUAACGUUUUUCCCAGUGAGCCAAUAUUCGUUCCAAAUCCAAACGGAAAGAAUGAAGACGAUGGUGUAAUACUUUCGGCUCUUGUCUGGGGACAAGAUCGAGAAACUGAGGUUGGGCUGUUAGUAUUGGACGCAGCAACGUUUGAGGAAAUAGCCCGUUCGACGUUCGAUACACCAGGACCAACACCGAAAUGUUUGCAUGGUUGGUUCGAUUCGAAAAUUUAAAACUCAAACCGCAGAUGUUCUUUGCACUCUGUUUCUACAGUUUGGAUAUAUCUGGGAAAUUUGUUUUCUUUGACAAUGAGACAUGUGUUCUCAUUGUCAGCAAUAAAGAUUGAUAGCAGCCAGACAGAAAGCAUCGAACGAACCAACCUAUUGUACUUGAGGAUUGCAUAUUAAGAAGGAAACGGUGAAACUUAGCUCAUUGAUCGGCUGACUACACUCGCGAGCUUCGUCAGAUUUUCAUGCAGGCUGGCCACUUUGAGCUUCAGCUGUGAAACGCAACCUAUUGAGGUUAUGAAAGUGAUGCGAAGUAUUUUAGGUUAAGCCAAUGUCAAAUAGAUGAUGUAUUGAUUCGGAAAAGGCUAACUUUCAUUGUUAACUGACUGAUGAGUCACCAUAUCAACACUAACUAUUUCAUUUAACCACUUGACACGAAGGAGUUUCACAUCUCAAUCUUUGUUUCGAGUAAGUUGGCUGCCCUGUUUUGAUCAAUUGUUUCGCGCAUGCGCAGCCUGUCGUUCAACCUGUUAACUUUCACCACUUCCAGUCGAUAUUAUUAUACACAUAGAUAACUAUUUACAGUGCGUUGCUUUUACCUUUGCAUUUUCUUUCCAUACAACUGCUCGAAAAGUGUUUAAAAUGUAACUGCAACGUAUAGGUACAAUUUUAUGUUCAAUAACAUGUUAUUAUCCGAUUGCCAGAUAAAAUACAACCCUAUUUUAU